AUGCACCUGUGGGGCCAACCACCAAACUUCAGCUCACGCCGGGACGUGCGCUGGGGUGUGGCGCUAGUGACCAGCCGUGAGAUGGCGGCACCAGAGACAUUACGGGUGGCCGCCAACGUGUUGCGCCUCAAAGGCCGCACGCUGCUGGUGCCAGCGCUGGCCACCACAGUGCUGCUCGUGAUGCUGGUGGUGGGCCGGACGUUCGCACGCGAGACGGUGACUCGGGCGCCCGGUAACCGGCUGGUCGACCGGGACCUGUUCGCGUCGAACGCGGCGGCGCGUCCGCUGCUGGGCCUGAAACUGGAGCGGGUCCACCAUCGGGCCAGGGUGCCGAGCGUCUACCCCGGCUGGGUGGUGCGCGUGUACCACGACAUCGACCUCAGCCAGCCGGGCCAGAGCCAGCUCGUCUGCCGCGUGGCAUGUCGCUACGACAACGUGGACUUCUGCGACGUGCGCAACCUGCCCGGCCUCGGGGAUCUCAGUAAAAAGUUCGGUAUGAUCUGGCGGUUCAUGCCGCUGGCCGACGACACCGUGGAGCGCUUCAUCGUCCGCGACCUCGACUCGCUCAUCGGAUCGCGUGAGCGGGCGGCGGUGGACGAGUGGAUCGCCUCCAACAAGACGUUCCACGCCAUGCGGGACGCGCCUGCGCACGGCACCGAGAUCCUAGGCGGCAUGUGGGGCGGCUGGAACAGGCACAACGACAUCUACCGGCGCGUCCGCCAGCGCAUCAUCAACUCCACCCAGUGGAAGUUCAAGGGUCUGGACCAGCGCGUGCUGACGGUGGUCCUCUGGCCUCAUAUCGUCAAGCAUCGCGACCUCAUCGCGCACGACAGCUACCUCUGCUGGUACUACCCCAUGUCCAAGCCGUUCCCCACGCAGCGCAAGAGCCCGCACGACUUCGUCGGUUCUCCCAGCCUGAUAGACAAGGGGUUUCGCCUGAAGACGCACUGCUCCUAUUUCUGCCGACCACGGGACCACAAGGACUGGGUUUGGUGCUGACGACGGGCUCGAGCCGUGCUGUUCUGGUGCUAAUCUGGUGCUGAUUUGUGCCGAUCUAGUGCUGAUCUGACGCUGAUCUGGUGCUUAUUUGGUGCCGGUUGGUGCUGAUCUGAUCAGUGCUGGUCUCAUGCUCAUCUGAUGCUAAUGUGGUGCUUCGCUGAUCUGGCUUCGCUCCAGUGCUAAUCUGAUACCGAUAUGGCGCAAUAGGGUGCUUCUUGAUUUACCAUGAGACCAGACCAUGCAGCAUGUAGCAUCGCGGGGAUAUCUCCGAGUUGGGUGGACAUCACCAAAUGAAAUGAAGCUCUGCAACAAUGA